AAGCUCUUGAACUUAUAGGGAGGGGACAAAUUCGUAUUGAAUGUCAUGAAUGACGGAGCUUUUCAGGCCGGCUGGUUGAACAACGCCUAAGAAAUUUCGUUUUUAGUACUGAAACUCAUCAAACGAUUUGUUAAUUUAGAAAAAAAACUGAUUUAAUUCGGAUUAAAUGCAAUAAAUAUUAUUUUUAUCAAGAGUUUUAACCAAAAUGUUCAAUAUGCUGAGAUCCUUAAAGACAAACAUCUAUUUAACAAUUCUUCUAUUUUGUAUAUUUAAGGGAAAUAGCGAAGCUAACCUUACUACGUCAAAUUCAUCACUGGAAACAUCCUCAAUGCAAAGUACUAUGUCAGCAUCCAAUACUCAAUACAGUACAACAGAGACAAUAAAUUCUACCACAGAAACAAGUAGUACUCAAUAUAGCGAAACAGCCUCAGUAUCAUACAGUCCAACUGCAACACCAGAUAUGGAAGCCAGUAGUACUCAAUCAGUGACACCAGAAAUGGGAAUCAGUACUACUCCAUCUGAUGCAGCAGAAACUUAUGAAACAGAAAGCCCUGAGGUGUAUUCUACAACUACGCAAGAUAUGUCGAUGGGAACAAUGGAUAGUAGUAAAACGCCAAUGGACGAAGAAGUGACAGAUAUGACAUAUAGUAGUACUUCAUCAGAUGCAUCAGCAACUCCUGAGGUUUAUUCUACUAAUACGCAAGAUAUGUCGAUGGGAACAAUGGAUAGUAGUAAAACGCCAAUGGACGAAGAAGUGACAGAUAUGCCAUAUAGUAGUACUUCAUCAGAUGCAUCAGCAACUCCUGAGGUUUAUUCUACUAAUACGCAAGAUAUGUCGAUGGGAACAAUGGAUAGUAGUAAAACACCAAUGGACGAAGAAGUGACAGAUAUGCCAUAUAGUAGUAUUUCAUCAGAUGCAUCAGCAACUCCUGAGGUUUAUUCUACUAAUACGCAAGAUAUGUCGAUGGGAACAAUGGGUAGUAGUAAAACGCCAAUGGAUGAAGAAGUGACAGAUAUGCCAUAUAGUAGUACUCCAUCAGAUGCAUCAGCAACUCCUGAGGUUUAUUCUACUAAUACGCAAGAUAUGUCGAUGGGAACAAUGGGUAGUAGUAAAACGCCAAUGGAUGAAGAAGUGACAGAUAUGCCAUAUAGUAGUACUCCAUCAGAUGCAUCAGCAACUCCUGAGGUUUAUUCUACUAAUACGCAAGAUAUGUCGAUGGGAACAAUGGAUAGUAGUAAAACGCCAAUGGACGAAGAAGUGACAGAUAUGCCAUAUAGUAGUACUUCAUCAGAUGCAUCGGCAACUCCUGAGGUUUAUUCUACUAAUACGCAAGAUAUGUCGAUGGGAACAAUGGGUAGUAGUAAAACGCCAAUGGAUGAAGAAGUGACAGAUAUGCCAUAUAGUAGUACUCCAUCAGAUGCAUCAGCAACUCCUGAGGUUUAUUCUACUAAUACGCAAGAUAUGUCGAUGGGAACAAUGGAUAGUAGUAAAACGCCAAUGGACGAAGAAGUGACAGAUAUGCCAUAUAGUAGUACUUCAUCAGAUGCAUCGGCAACUCCUGAGGUUUAUUCUACUAAUACGCAAGAUAUGUCGAUGGGAACAAUGGGUAGUAGUAAAACGCCAAUGGAUGAAGAAGUGACAGAUAUGCCAUAUAGUAGUACUCCAUCAGAUGCAUCAGCAACUCCUGAGGUUUAUUCUACUAAUACGCAAGAUAUGUCGAUGGGAACAAUGGAUAGUAGUAAAACGCCAAUGGACGAAGAAGUGACAGAUAUGCCAUAUAGUAGUACUCCAUCAGAUGCAUCAGCAACUCCUGGUAUUAAUUCUACUAAUACACAAGAAAUGCCGACAGGAACAAUGGAUGGUAGUGAAACACCAAUGGGUGAAACAGCAACAGAUAUGCCACAUAGUAGUACUCCAUCAGAUGCAUCAGCAACUCCUGAUAUUGAUUCUACUAAUACGCAAGAUAUGUCGAUGGGAACAAUGGAUAGUAGUAAAACACCAAUGGACGAAGAAGUGACAGAUAUGCCAUAUAGUAGUACUCCAUCAGAUGCAUCAGCAACUCCUGGUAUUAAUUCUACUAAUACACAAGAAAUGCCGACAGGAACAAUGGAUGGUAGUAAAACACCAAUGGGUGAAACAGCAACAGAUAUGCCACAUAGUAGUACUCCAUCAGAUGCAUCAGCAACUCCUGAUAUUGAUUCUACUAAUACGCAGGAAAUGCGGACAGAAACAACGGAAGGUAGUAAAACACCAAUGGGUGAAACAGUCACAACAGCUAAACAAGAAGCAACUAAAGAUUUAACAACAAAAACCGUUGAUGCUACUACAGCUGGUCCAAAUUGUGCCAAUGGAGGCGUAACUUGCCUCAAUGAAGGUUUUUGCAUAGAUGAAAAGUGUGUUUGUAGUAACGGAUGGAAAGGAGAAACUUGUUCAGAUGAUGUAGAUGAAUGCGAAGAUGCAAAUUUUUGUAAUGGUGGAAUUUGUAAUGGCUCUUUUCCCACUGGAAGCUUUACCUAUAAGCCAUGCCCCAGUUUAUGUAAAUGUACUGACGCUGCUCCUUCAACCUGUGAUAGUUGCAUAGAUGGUUAUGAGUUGAAUAAUGAUAAUAUUUGCGAACCCAAAAAGUGUACUGACAGUGGCUGCACUGAAUGUUUGCUAGGAGUUUGUAAGAAAUGCGGACAUGAAUAUUAUCUUCGUGUUGACAAAUGUCAACCCUGCCACGCAUCAUGUGAUGGGUGUCAUGACGAUGGUCCGUCAAAUUGUAUUGAAUGUUCAGUGGGAUAUAAUCUUAUAGCAGACAGCUGUGAGAAAACAUGUGGUAAUUCUGGAGAUGGAUGUGAAAAGUGUACUGGAGAUGUUUGUGAUAAAUGUAAACCCGGUUAUGAAAUGCAUAAUACCGGAUGUCGAGAGAGAGAUUAUGAGAAUCAAUGUCAAAGCAAUCCAUGUGAAAAUAAUGGAGACUGUGAAGAUGGAUACUUCGAAUUUAUCUGCACUUGUAAGGGACCAUUUACGGGAAAGACUUGCCAAAUUUUGCCAGAGAGAGUUGGAAGACUUUUCGAUUACAGUGAUGCUAUACAAAAAACAAAGAAUAGAGAUUCAUUCAUUGAAAGAGUAAAAUUCAGAGAGAAAGUACCAUUUAUUUAUGGGAGUUUUAAGAAGUGCUAUAUAUCAAGCAAUGGCUAUAUAACACUUCAAAGGAGAUACGGAAGUAAACCUCCUUCUGGUCUAGAUGACAUAAACCUGCCUAAAAGUUUAAAUAGAAAGGCUAAAAAAUCUGGUUUUGCAAUAAUAGCUCCUCUUUGGGUGGAUGGUAGUAUCAGAGAAGGAACAGUGUACUAUAAAGAAUAUCAAAAUAGGGGGGGCAUAAAUAUCAAAGACUUCGCUCAACUUCAGUAUAUAAACCAAUAUAUUAGAGCUAAAACAGAACAGGAAACAUUUGAAACAUCUUGGGCUUUCAUUGUUACUUGGGAGGAUUUGGGCCCAUAUGGUGGUAGAUCAAGUGAAAGAGCAACAUUUCAAUUACUUUUGGUUAAAGGAAGUCAAGAAGGUGUUGAUUCAACAGAAGUGUAUGCCGUCUUCUUAUAUGAAGAAAUAAAAUUUGCUAAAUUAUCCAAUUAUCAAAAUGCGGUUGGAUAUUUCGCUAUGAAAGGAGAACAAUCCACAAGUGACAGUAUUGGUAUCAGUGGAACUGAUACUGUAUUUGAUUUGGAUGUUGAAUCUUAUGAAGACGAAGUUGGUGAAAUAUUUUGGCCAAUUAGUACCGAAGACAUUAUAGAUUACGACAGACAAUGUAAUGCAUGGAUUAAUAUGCAAUCUGCUAUUCAAUUUUGGAUUAAUGUGGCUCGCUUUUUAGCUUUGCCAUGUCCAUGUUCAAUUUUCCAAGCGUCAAUUGAUCGUUCCAUGCGAUUUGCAUACAGUGCAGGUGGUGCAACAUGCUUUGCUAGAGUAUUCAGAUAUUCCUAUACGUGUUGCUACAGAGAUUCCUCUUUGGUUACUGAUCCAGCUUCAAGUGGACAUUUAAAUGUCUUCAAUCCUUAUUUUCACCGUACAAAUUUCUUAAUUGACUUAAGAGCUAAACAAGACUGCUGUAUUAAUUCCGAUAAUUGCAAUGACUACAUCUCUUACCGGCCAAUAGAUAACUGUUUUCGUUAUAGACCACCUUUCUUCUCAUGGGGCUUUGGUGACCCACAUGUUCAGACUCUGGAUGCAUUUACAUAUACUUUCAACGGUCUCGGAGAGUAUUCUUUGAUUGAAGCUGAUGAAUUUGACAUUCAAGCCAGAACUUAUAGAGUUACAAACGAAAACACAGGAGAGUUAGCUUUUGCCACAAGUUAUGCAGCCUACGUUGCUAGAGACAAAGGGGCUUCACAUGGAUUCCAAAUUCAAUUAAACAAAACUAAUAACGGUUUAACUUUGUUUAAACUGGAUAGUUCAAAACUAGCUACAGAUAUUACAAAAACAUUUAUGGAUACAAAAGAUGGAGAGCUUGUUAAAGAUAUAAGUGAUGACUUCAGUCUUACCAAAAAUAGCGCUACAGAGGUUGAGGUGACUCUCAGUACUUCUGGUGUAACAUUAACUUUUACUUACAACAAUGGACAAGUUGACUAUUCUGCUGGUAUACCACAAAUCUUUAGGGGUAAAACAAGAGGUCUCAUGGGAAACUUUGACGGAGAUAAGACAAAUGAUUUAGUUCCUAAAAAUGGAAGCAUUCAUAUAUCAGUUAAUGCAAGUCAGGAGGAAAUCUUUAAGCAGUUUGGAGAAACAUGGAGACUAUCAGCAGAAGAAUCUCUUUUCUCCUAUAUAGACGGUGGCGCUUGGAUCGAUUAUAAUGAUGUGAAUUUUAUUCCUAAAUUUCUUCCAAAAAUUAUCCCUCAAGAAGUAAAAGACAAAUGUACAUCCAAUAAUGUGCUAAACGAAAAUUGUGCUUUUGAUUUGAUAAAUACUGGAAAUGAUAAACUAGCUGAAGCUUCAAAAGAGACCCAAGAAAAGGGAGAUGAACUAGCUAACCAACUAUCUAACACUGCUCCGACACUUUCAGCUUUCAUGAAAGACGGAGUUACUAACCUUACAGCUCUACAAUGCUCAAUUGGAACAAACUGUACUUUCAUUCUUGAAGCUGAGGAUCCAGAUGGAGAUCCAAUGGAAUUUAGUGUUUUAUCACUUCCAACAGGCAGUAUAUAUUUUAUAAACGAGCAAGACCAAGUAAACAAUAAACGAAGAGCCACUGUUAAUUGGCUUGGUAAACAAUUAUCACCAAAUGCCACUGAUACACUUGCAUUUAAGGCUUUCGAUGGAAAACAAAAUUCUUCAUCAGUGUUAAUUCGCUUACUAGUAUGCGACACUUGUACAAAUGGGGAAUGCAACUUCGACGAAGCACGUGAGGAUUAUCCCUCAGAUAGUAGUUAUGUUGCAGUUGUGUGUCAAUGUGACAUUGGUUAUGAAGGAGAUAAUUGCGAAGAUGACAAGAAUGGCUGUGAAGAAAAUACUUGCUUUACUAAUUGUACCGAUAAUACCGCAGCAAUUGAGAAGUCCACUGGACAACCCUACACUUGCGACCCAUGCCCAGAAGGCUAUGUAGCAAGUUCGGACAAAACUAGGUGUAAUGACGUAGACGAAUGUGCAGAAAAUAAAGACAAUUGCGAUAAAUCGUCGACAAAAUGUGUUGAUAUUGAUGGAAGUUACAGAUGCGAAUGCUUGGAAGGACUUAAGAAUUUUAAUAAAACUUCCUGCAUUGAUAUUGAUGAAUGUAUUGGAAAUAAUGAUUGUGCUCAUAUUUGCAAAAAUUCUUUCGGCAAUUAUAACUGCGAAUGUAGAGACGGUUUUACAACUGAUAAUAACGGGAAAACUUGCAACCCGACUGGAAGUGACACUGACUGUAAUCUGAAUCCGGUUGUAAAUGGUUGUCCUGACACAUCGUUAGGAUGCUAUAAACCAAGUGGUGGCGUUAAAAGAUGCGUUUGCCCAAAAGGUACCGAAGAUGGAACAGGAGUAACAGACUGCAAUGAUAUUAACGAAUGUUCGGACUCAUCGAAGAAUUUGUGUGAUGAAACAAAUGGUGGUUGUAUUGAUAUAAACGGAGGAUACAACUGCACUUGUAAAGAUGGUUUUCAAUUGGAUAAUGACAAGAUUAGCUGUAAUGCUUGUCCUUCCGGACGUUGGGGAAAAGAUUGUGCAAAUAUUUGUAAUUGUAAAUCUUCUUCAACUGAAUGCAACACGAGUACAGGUUGCAAAGAAUGUAAAGAUGGUUUUGAAGGCGGACACUGUAAUAAUAUAAAUGAAUGUAACAAGACAGCAAACGGUGGAUGUGAUUCAAAUUCAGAAUGUAAAGAUACAAUUGGAUCUUUCAAUUGUCUUUGUAAAAAGGGCUAUAAGAGAGGAAGCACUGCUUUGGUUUGUGUAGAAAUAAAUGAAUGUGACUCCAGUCCUUGCCAAAACGAUGGUGAAUGCAUUGAUAAAUUGAAUGAAUUUGAAUGUAAAUGCAAACCAGGAUUCCAGGGUUUAACCUGUGGAGGAAAUAUUGAUGAAUGUGAAUCGAAGCCCUGUAUGAAUAACGGCGAAUGUGUAGAUAAAGUAAAUGACUACUUUUGCAAUUGCACAAGUGAGUAUACCGGAAAAAACUGCGAGGUAACAAAAGGAUUAUGCGAACAAGCAAAUCCUACCCUAGCUGGAAAAUGUGAAAGUGGUUCUUGUGAAGUUGGUAAAGAUGGUGUUAUACGUUGUAAAUGUCCUGCUGGUAAGCAACCCGGCAGUGACAGAGCAAGUUGCAUUGACUUUAAUGAAUGCGAUAGCAGUCCUUGUAAAAAUGAUGGAGAGUGCAUAAAUGGCGACAAUAAAUUUGAAUGUAACUGCAAACCUGGAUGGACGUCUCCAAAUUGUGAAAAGGAUGUUGAUGAGUGCAAAGAAAAUAAAUGUACAGCUGGUAACUUUGAUUCUUGUACAAAUUCACUAGGAGACUAUGAAUGCAAAUGUAAAUCGGGUUUCUAUGGAAAGAACUGUGAAUUUGAUAAUUCUGCUUGUGGUGAUGCUACACUGCAACAGACAUGCUUGAAUGACUACAAGGUUGGAUGCUAUGAGAAAGUUAGUGGCACGAAACGUUGUAACUGUUCAAGCGUUCCUGGUUUAACAGAUGAUACUGCUAAUGACAAGUGCAUGGAUAUCAAUGAUUGCAACCCUAAUCCUUGUACAAAUAGUGGAGUUUGCAUAGAUAAGUUAAAUGACUUCAAAUGUAAUUGCACUGAAGGUUGGACUGGUAAUACUUGCUCUGAAUCGGUUGAUGAUUGUGCAUCGGGACCGUGUAAGAAUAGAGCUGUCUGUAAGGAUGGAGCCAAUAAUUAUACAUGUGAAUGCCAGACGGGCUAUACAGGCAGACAUUGUGAGAAAGACAUUGAUGGAUGCGAGGGCAACCCGUGCAAAAAUGGAGGAAAAUGUACAUCGGGUGAUGCUGGAAAAUUUACGUGCGAAUGUCCCAAAGAGUGGAAAGGUACUAUCUGCAAUGACGAUGUAGACGAAUGUGAAGAUGCCAGUAUAUGUAAAAAUGGUGGAAAAUGUAAUAAUACGAUGGGCGCUUUCGAGUGUAAUUGUACUUCAGAAUUUAUUGGUAAAACAUGUGAAAAUUCAGCAAGUGAAUGUGGCUCAGUCGAACUACAACAAAAAUGUGAUCAACUGGGUACAGGAUGUAAAAAUAUCGGUAAUGUACUAAGAUGCUCUUGUCCACCUGGUAAGGAACCAGGAAACAAUGGACCAGAUGAUUGUACAGAUAUUGAUGAAUGUGCUAAUAAUCCUUGUGUUUCCGAUAAAUCAACUGAUUGUAAAAAUUUGGAUAAUGACUAUGAAUGUGUCUGUAAACCUCAGUGGACUGGAAAAAAUUGUUCGGAAGAUUUUGACGAAUGCACACUGAAAGGUGAUAAGUAUCCUUGUAAAAAUGGAGGAUCCUGUAAUAACACGAUGGGAGGAUUUAAAUGUGGUUGUAUUGGUGCUUACUCUGGUGAUACUUGUGAAAAUAUUACCAAGUUAUGCGAUUCAAGCCCUUGUAAGAAUGGUGGCGAAUGUCAGGACAAACCGGGCUUCUUUGAAUGUAAAUGUCCAAAAGCAUGGAAAGGUAAAGUUUGUCUGGACGAUGUUGACGAAUGUUCUCUUGAAGCUUCAUAUUGUAAUGGGGGGAAUUGUACAAAUUUUCCUGGAAACUUUUCAUGCGAAUGCCCUAAGACUAGAACAGGAAAAAGAUGUGAAUUAGAUCUUAAUGAAUGUAAUGAUAAUCCUUGUGAAAAUGGAGCGCCUUGCAAAAAUUUGAUAAAUACUGGAUACACAUGCGAGUGUAAUGAGUUCUGGGAAGGUCAAAAUUGUGACGUUGAUAAAAACGAAUGCGGAAAUAUCAAAAUAUGCAAUGGAGGAUACUGCAAUAAUACAAUAAAUGGAUAUUCUUGUUGGAAUUGUCCAGAGUUUUUUGGGGGUAAAAAUUGUGCUGAUGAUCUCAAUGAGUGUGAAGUAGAUAAUCCUUGUAAAAAUGGAGCAACUUGCAAAAACAAAGUUAAAACAGGUUAUACUUGCGAAUGUAAUAAGUAUUGGGAAGGAAAAGAUUGUGAUAUUGAUAUUAAUGAAUGCGAUAAAACACCGAAUUUAUGUCAAAAUGAAGGAAAUUGCACUAAUACUAAUGGUUCCUUCGAAUGUGCUUGUCCAAAGGGAUGGGCAGGUAAGGUAUGUGAAGAAAGCACUGACAUUUGUAGCAAAGGAGGUCUCUCAGAAAAGGAAUGUACUUUGGGAUGCUUAAAGGAUGAUCUGGGCGAAAUAAAAUGUAUUUGCCCAUCUGGUAAACGAAAUAAGAAAGACUCCCGGACUGAGUGCAUUGAAAUUGAUGAUUGUCAAGUUCUUUAUCCCUGUCAAAAUGAUGCAAAAUGCGUAGAUAAGUCAAACGAUUAUGAGUGUAUGUGUAAAGCUGGAUGGGAAGGAAAGAAUUGUAGUAGUGCGUGCACAGGAUCCAAAUAUGGCGUAAAUUGUGCUUUCACUUGCCCUACCAAUUGCACCACCUGUGACAAAAUUAAAGGUUGUAUUGAAUGUGACAGCAAAGGUCACGAAGGCCCAAGUUGUAGCGAGGAUAAAAAUGAAUGUUUACAACCUCAGGACAACAUCUGUACCGACAGGUGCAUUAAUACUGUAGGAAGUUAUCAAUGUUCAUGCUUCGAUGGUAAAGUUCUUGUUGAUGGAAAGUGCAAAAAAAUUAAGCGAAAAAUUCUGAGGAAUAAGUAUAAGCUGGCCAGAACUUUCAAUAAUCUCCUACAAGACCCUACAUCUACCCAAUUUAAAAAUCUAGUGUCAGAACUCUUAAAUGCGUUAUUGACAUCGUUCAGAGAGCGUUUAGAUGGUAGUGGUUUCUUUGUUAGAGCAAUCUAUGGCUGGUCUUUUUCACAAGGCAGUAUAGUUGUUGAUAAUCAGAUAAACUUACAACAAAAUGCCUCUGCUACAAAUACAUCAGAUGACAGCAGUUUAGAAUCUGUUAGUAAGACUGCCGUCGGAAAUAGUUCUAAUGAUGUAGAAGGGCAGCCGGAACUAGCCGUAUCAGAUCCCGUUCCUAUAACUUAUAAUUUUGAAUUGCCAAGAGAGAAUUGGAAUGCAAACUUAUCUGAUUCCAAUUCGACACUUUUUAAAGUAACAACAAGUAAAAUCCAAGCUGAUAUUGAAUCUGCGUUAAAGAGUAAAUUCGGUGAUAGUUUCAUUUUAACAAAGGAUUUUAAAUAUACGAAUCCAAAUUCAAAGGUCAAUGCAGAAUUUAUAAUAGAGUUUUCCAAGAGUUAUACAGAAGCCGAGAUUACACCAGCCUGGAAUGAAUCAGGGCUUGCUUACUUUAAAAAUGAAUGCGAGCCAAUAUCGCCGUGCUUAAAUAGCGGAGCUUGCAAAUUAAACAGCAACAUGGGCUAUACAUGUGAAUGUACUAAAUUCUGGGAAGGAGAUAACUGUGAAACUGAUAAAGAUGAAUGUCAGCAGCAGGGUCUUUGUCAAGGAGCAGGAAGUUUCUGCAACAAUACCAACAACGGUUAUGAAUGUGACUGUAAUUCAAUGAGAUCUGGAGAUCAUUGUGAAUUAGAUUUUAAUGAAUGUAACAAUAAUCCAUGCAAAAAUGAUGGAAAAUGUGAGAACAAAAAUAUGACAGGUUUCGAAUGUAAAUGUGCAUCUGGAUGGAACGGAACAUUUUGUGAGGAUGAUGUUAAUGAAUGUGACGCUGGUAUAUGCCAGAACAAUGGAGUGUGCAAUAAUACCAUGGGUAGUUUUGAGUGCAACUGCACUUCUGAAUAUAAAGGAUCCAUGUGUGAAAUACAUAUUGGAAUCUGCAAUACUGAAAAAUUAAGAAACGACUGUUCUUUGGGUUGUGAGAACGUUACAAUUUCUGGAACAGCAGUUGUAAGAUGUAAGUGCAAAGAUGGCGAAAAAGGCAAAGAAAAUGAUAUCUACGAAUGUGAAGACAUCGAUGAAUGCCAAUCUAAUCCUUGUCUAAAUGGUGCAACAUGUAAAAAUCAAGAUGCUAAUUAUACAUGCGAAUGUACAGAUGGAUAUAUUGGCAGAAAUUGCAGUCAAAAAUGUUCAGCUGGAUAUUGGGGUAAGGAAUGUGCAAAUUCAUGUGCUGGUUACUGCAACAAUACCCUUCCUGAAUAUUGUCAUAAUGUAGAAGGCUGUAAAGUCUGUAAAAAUGUGCAUGCGACAGGAUCAAAAUGUGACAAAGAUGUGGAAGGAUGCGUUAACAAUUUUUGUAAUGGUAAUAGAUGCGUAGAAAGACUAUUCGAAGCCUCAACUUGUGAAUGCUACGAUGGACAAACAUAUAAUAACAUCACAAAUACCUGCAAAUCUCUCAAAAAUCAUAUUGUAGGACUCCAAGUUACAUUUACUAAAAAGAUUUUUACGAGUGAUCUUUUGGAUUUUAAUUCUACUGGUUAUAAGACAUUGGUCGAAACUAUUAUAAAUUCCAUUAAAGAUUCAUUAACAGCUUUUGCCAACGAUCUUAAUGGGAGAUUUAAAACACUACAAAAUUUCCGUUUCUCAAAUGGAAGUAUUGUCGCCGACUUCGAUGCAAUAUUAUCAGACUCAACUGAAAAUGCUGCUCUUAAAAUUCCACAAUCUAAGUUGGCAGAUUUAGCAACAAAUAUUAAAAAUGAUCUUGGAAACGACUCUGUUACUGUAACUGCCCCGGAAGUUAGAGAACCUACACAUGUUAGAGUUCUUUUCAAAUUGAGUGAAAUAUUCAUUCAGGAGUAUUCCGUUAAAUUCAGUAAAGAAUACAAUAAAUUAACUGACAGAAUUCAAGGCAAGAUAAACGUAGCAAUAGCUGGGAACGCAAGUUUGUCACAGGGUUUCCUACAUACCAAAGAUUUUGUUUACUCAAAAGGCUCUAUCAUCGUUCAUUUUUAUGCUACUUUUUCGAGCAAAAAAGAGGACGCUCCGUCAGCAAAGGACAUUUUUGAUACUAUUCGACAAAACACUGAUUUAAAUGUGUUAGAACAUUCAGAACAGUCUCCAACAGAUGACGAAACUUGGAAAAUAGUUGUUAUUGUUGUCUCUGUUGUCUUUUUCGUCCUCCUUCUUACUCUUGGCCUUAUCUAUUUCUUGCAUAAAUCUGGAAAACUCGGAGAUUCAGUAAGUGAAUACUCAUCUGACACAGCAUCAGAGAGUAAAGAUUAUAGUUAUGAUCAUGACAUGAAAAAUAAAUUGUUUCCCCGGCCGCAAAUGAGAACUUGGCAGACUCAGGAGGGUAUGACAAGAGAUCAAGGAGGGCUGGAAGCAGACAACCGUAUAGAUCCUAAGGAAGGUCCUGUGGAUGAAAACGUCGAUUGGCGAAUACUCAAGAAUUUUAGUAAAAAAGCUGGAGAAGGUAUGGCAAAUCGAAGAUACGCCGAGCAACCUUUCCAGGGAAAUAAUAACUCACAUCCCACUGGAUAUAAUAGCUACGAAAGUAAUGGACAAUCAGUUCCAACAAGCAACUGGGACUGGUCAAUAUCUCAAGCGCCAUAA